ACAUGAAUUUGUCCGUUUUGAUUUUCGUCAAAUUCCCCUUCCUUGUAUCUGUCAUGGGCUGGGCUUUAAUGUCAAAAUUUUCAAAUAUGGCGGCGCGAUCAAUGAAGUUGUAAAGUGUAGUGAGUGAAUUCUAGCGUAAAAAUGUAAAUUGGCGUUUAAAUUUUGUUUUUGUGUGUGAUAAUAAUAAUAUUAAGCCAUGGGUAAAGGCCAGGAGUUGCUGGAAGCAGCCCGCGCUGGUGAUAGACAGACAGUGGAGAAAAUAUUGGCUCAAUUAAGUAAAAAGGGUGGACCUUUUACAAGUUUAAGACGCGGUCCAGGACCAAAUGUACAAGAUGAUAACGGUUACACACCGCUACAUCACGCCUGUCUUAAUGGUCACAAGGAUAUCGUUCGCGUCUUAUUGUCGUUGGACGCUUCGCCUUGCAUAACGGACAAGAAGGGCGCCACACCUCUCCAUCUGGCCGCUUUCAGGGGUGAUUCCGAAAUCGUCAGAAUGCUGCUUGCUCACUCGAAUCCACGCGUCAAUAUAGACCAACAGACAUGUGACCACGAGACGGCCCUAUUGAUCGCCGCUCACUUCGGCUACGUGGACGUUGUGGCCCAGCUCAUGGCGAAGGGCGCUGACGUCACAGUCAAGAAUAUCAGUAACGAGAACGCCUUGGAUCUCGCUGCUCAAUAUGGCAGGUUGGAGACAGUGAAACACCUGCUUCGGGUUAGGCCUCAGCUCGUAGAUCAGUAUCGGCACAGUCGGAGGGCGCAAGUGUUCUCGUCGACGCCGCUGCACCGCGCCAGCAAACACGGACGGAAAGACGUGGUAGAGGCUCUGAUAGAGGCCGGAGUUGACCUGAACAUCAGGACGUACGACGGUACCCCGCUUCACGAGGCCGCGCGCUAUGGCCGGGCCUCGGUGGUCCAUGUGCUCCUGAAGAACGGAGCCGACCUGAACAUCAAGGAUCGCCGCGGCAACACGGUCUACGAUCUGCUGUCUCUGCUCUCUGAAGAGGCCACGAGGAAAGUAAGGAAAGUGAUUAGAAAAUUUGAAAAAGACAUAUUAAACGAAAGCGACGAAGACAUACCUCCGUUUCCGGUGCACGAAUGUCCCACCCCUACGAAAGCUCCAGAGUUCCAGCAAAAUACUAAAAACCAUUGCUUGUUAUCACCAUCAUCUUCUUCCUUAACUAAAAAUCAUCAGCAAAGUUUUGUACUAAAGCUUGCUUCGAAAUGCUUGGGUAUUAAGGCGAAAUUCAAUUCUGCUCCUAACAUUUCUAACAGUUCUAUUUUGGAGUCAGAUGUCAAUGAUAAAUCCAAGCGCACAGACAGUAAAAAUAUUACAACUACUUUACAUAUAGGUAAAAGUAAAUUUUUCAAAUCGCUGUCGAAAAAGGAGGAUUCUGGAGAAAUUUUAUGUAAUCAUGAAUUCGAUACUAUAUCUUUAGACAGAUUAGGCACCUUGAACAGAGAUUCUGAUCUGAAUAGGAGUAAUAGAAGUUGUCCUGGAUUUAAAAAUUCAUUGCCUAAUAUAUCUGAAAAUAAUGAACUCAGUGGUUCAACUGAAUCUGUGAACAAUAAUAAAGAUUCUAAUGAAUCGAGUCGUAAAGAUGGAAACAGUACUGUGACAGAAGCUAUUAAUUAUAAUAUUUUUGAGCCAAGAAAUAGAAUAUCUGUUAUAUCCGGAGAAUCAACUACAAUUGUAAAUGAAUGUUAUGAACCAUAUGAAUUUUCUAAGUCCGACGAAGAAGAAGAUAUUAAUAGACCUGCUCCGGUUCCUGCCCCCAGACCCAAUGCCAUCCUAUCAAGAGCAAAUACGCUUAAACCUAAGCAGGGUAUUAUUUAUGAAAACUUAUUAAUUCAAAAUCAAACUAUACCAAAACCUGCAACUAGAACUAAUGUUCCCGUAACUAAGGCAAACGUAGAGGAUAAUCAAGUGUUAUACGAAAAUAUAGCAAUAUUAACUAAAAUAAAGCCUGAUCCACCUAAAAGAACCGUAUUACCAUUUCAGUUCUUAGAUAACAAUGAAAAAGCGCCUUCACGGAGCUUGAGUCGUUCUUCAACUAUGUCAUCUGAUUCAAUGAUUGAUGAGACGAAUCUAGAGGACAUACUCCUUUCACAGAAAUCAAAAUCUUUUCGUCACGGAAAAGUCACGUCGUUCAGUAAAGAUUCUAUAAAAACUAGGAUUUGUAGAACAUCGUCAUGUUCUUCGGAUUCGUCUGACGCAACGGAGGCUAGUGCCAUAGAAAAUGUCGAUUGCAGUGGUGAAGCUGAAAAGCUGUUACAAUUGUCUAUGACUGGUACGUUACCGACUAAAAAAGCAGAAAGUAUUAAGAAAAAGAUUCUCUUUAGACAUAAAACGUUCACAAAUAUUGAGGUAGAUAGGAAUUCCACAAAAAUCAAAGAUUUACCACAAUGGAAUAAGGAGUUUUUGAAAGAAACUUUAGCUCACUACCACAUUCGUGGCACUGGUCAUUGUUUAUUUAAAGCCCCAACUGUUGAAGAAUUCCUUUACAUAUUUAAUAGAGAAACCCUUAAUAGCAAAGCAGAGUCUUUGACAAAAAACAAAAGAGACAGUUACUAUGAGACGGCGAUUUGUUUUUGUAAGCCCAAACCGUUAAAAACAUACAGCAGCGCCGAAAAUCUUUUAGAUCUAUCAUUCCAAGAAAAAGAAGAUAAAAUAACUUUGAUAGAUUUCGAAGGUCUAGUGAAAAAAAGCGAAAUAUCAUCUUCGUCGUUUCAAUGCUUUUGUGAUUCCGGUGCCUGCACCCUUCAUUGUAAACAUCGUGAGUCGCCCACGGAUUUCAUUGUGAAAUUUUCUGUUAUGAAGAAAAGUAUAUCAACUCCUGAUAUUACUUUAGAUGAUUCUCCUUAUUCGACAGCUGGUUUAAGUAACUUACCGAAAAACAAAUCCGUGCCGCGGAACCUCGAAGAACCGUACGCUGUUGUCGAAGUGGACGGUAAUAGUGCCCAAAAAAAAUUAGAACAAACAUCUAGUAGUAAAUCGAAUGCGUCAUCUCAGGCAUCGACGUUGUCGUCGACUUCAGAUAGACCGUAUUCUUUGAAAGAUAUCUCUGAAGUUAUAUCGCAAAAUUCAACAUUGACAUCUGACAGUCCGUCUUGUGCUUACAAUUCUGUGCAUUUGCCUGUGCGUAAAUCGACCUCCUCGGAAUACUCUGGUAACUGGUCACUCCGAACUUGUAAUUCAGACGCUACCGUGAGAUCGGACGCGUCCUUCAAAACGUGCCGCGAAGAGUCAUCUGAUGACUCCGACGGGACCUUGCACUCCGAUGAUGACGAAAGCUCUGAUGCUGACACCGUGAAAUCUGACGUCAGUACCACAAAAAGACCGUGGGUUCACAGUAAUUCGUUCAGGUUCGGUGGCAGCACCAGAUCCGACGUUAUCGAGGAGGAUCAAUUUGAGGAGAUGAAUUUGUUCGAAUCUAAAAUGGAAAGCGGUAUUAGUGUUGGGUCGAGUGGUGGGGAGAGUUUGUCGUCGAGUUGGGAAGACGAGAGGCAAGAUAGCGGUAUUCCGAGGACCGACGGGGAUGUGUCGCUUUGUUCGGCUUCGCUUGAGCGGGGUUCGGUCGGGGCUGUUCGCAGCGGGUCGGGGCGCCGCCGGUGGGACGAAACGGAGGGUACCAGCGAGGGCGAUGCGCUGAGCGUGUCCAGUGCAGCAUCUAGCUGUGCGCCCUUGCAUCUAGCUCAUCAUCACGACUACAGUAAAGUAUCGCCCACCCCUCCCAAGAAGCCUCCGCGGAGGAACCUGUCAGUGUCCCCCACUCAUGCUAACUCCCCUUCAUCUGGAUACAGCUAUGAGCUCAGGCCGCAUGCCAGGAGCCAGGAUGAUUUGGACGAUAUACAGGGUGGAAAAAAUUACCUGAGACUCGGUCGAUCUGUUGAUCAUUACGUCGACAGUAAGCUCUCUUAUUCCGAAUAUGAGGAGAACCACAAUUCGCUUCGAGUGGUUCCUGUGCCGACUCCUCGACCUAGCUUGAAGCAGCGGCCCCAACCCGUCGCCAUUACGGCAAUGUACGAAAAUGUCGUCAUAAAAGAGCAGAAUCCACGGAGGAAAUUGAGGAGAAGCUUCGGUCCUAACGAGUUCGACAGAAGCGAGAUGAGCCGAGUAAGGAAAUACUCGAACCAGGAGAGGAGUUCCUUAGAGAGUCUGCUCGACGAACAAUCGCUGAACAGUCCGAGCGACUGCGAGCGUUAUUGCGACGGGCAGAAGGUCGGUGUUCCUUCGUCACCGACUCACUACGAACAGCCGCCCACUCCAGAUCAUCCUCCGCCUUCGGCAAGGCAGGCGGAGAACAGUAUUCACGAGAAAAUUCGACCUUUGAGUCAGGAGUACAAAAGAAGAUCAACGCUGCGUGACAGUCAGACUGAAACCGAAAUGAAUCUACUUAGAGCAGCCUCAGCAGCGUCCGUCGCCAGUGGUGCUACCGAUCGAAGCGGAAAUACUGAUAACUGCGUCGAAGAAUAUGUUUGUGACGUGCCGUUUGCAGGCCUCUUCAAAGGCUCCACGACAACGCUAGACGGGAUCGGUCUUCGGCCGAUGCCAGCCGAGAGGCCGAAAACGUUGCGAAAACUGAAAUCAGUUUACGACGCUUCGCCGACAGAGCCGCCGGUCAUCCACACGGCGACCCUGACCAGCAAUGGACAGGCCCACGAAAGGAACAUCAACGGUGUCGAAGACGAAGUCAGAAGAAGGAGCAACACCACCAGCUCAACGCAUAGCGGGGAUAAAUCGCUGUCCAUACUCAGUCCUUUUGACGAACAGGAGGAAUGGGCGAAGAUAUCCGAGAUAAUGGCGUCGUUUGGCAGCAAACUGGUGCGGGAGUCGGUCUUUGUGUCCGAACUCGAGCAAGAAUUUACAUCCAGACUCGGCCUCAGCUGCUCCGAGUCCAGCCUGAGUCCAUCUAUGGCCUCUAGUCUCGGACUCUGGUUGUCUGGGAUUGGGAUGCACGACUACGAGACAUUGUUCCUGGAUAGUGGCUAUGACGACAUUGAUUUUAUUAAUGGUAUCCUAGACGAGAAUGAUCUUCGCGAGAUGGGAAUAGAAGAGAACGAUAGACAAAAAAUAUUAGAAUCAUCCAAACAAUUACCUCUUAAAAUAGUUGAAAUAAGUAAUAACCAUAACAAUAACGUUAGUAAGAAUCAAAACGAAUCAGUCGAUGAAUGGCUAAGGCAUAUAAACUUGGAGCAAUACAGCGAGACGUUCAGGAAACAUUUGUACGUGGAUAUGGAUAGGGUGAAGAGGAUUUGGGAGGUGGAGCUCACGGCCGUUCUGGAGAUUCAGAAGGCCGGUCACAGGAAAAGGAUUCUAGCGUCGGUUAGCGGCCAACACAACGGACCAGCUAAUAAUAUGGAAGAUAUCAGUGCUGAUCUCAACACUCUGAAAAAUAAUAUACAACAAUUAAAAGAGGAAAUAAAAGAGAAGCUGCCUUCGGAUAAUCUGAAACCAGUUCCCCCUCCCGUGGUACCAUCGCUAGCUCCGCCUGGAGGCGAGACCUUAAAGCGGAGCAAGAAAAACAGACCGGCUCCACAACCUCCGCGACCUUCAGACCUGGAGAUCAGGGCACCUUCGGAGCUGCUGGUCGGGGUCCCAGGGGCUUUGAAGACUCAAUGGAAACAUCAGCCGUUUGUGCUGGUAACCGGAGCUGUGACUUAUGUAGCUAAUUAUCUAGGAUCGACGGUGGUCAAAGAGCUACGAGGGACAGAAUCCACGAAGAAAUCGAUACAGAAGCUAAAGAAAACGACCAAAGAACCAAAAGACUCUCCCGAUAUCAUCCUCUCUAUCAGUUAUAGAGGGGUCAAGUUCCUAAAUACGAUUACCAGGGAGCUGAUCUGUGAACACGAAAUCAGGAAUAUCCACUGCGCCUGUCAGGACGCCGACGACCUCACUCACUUCGCGUACAUAACUAAGGAUCACACAACGAGAAGUCAUUACUGUCACGUGUUCAGAGUGGCUACAAUGGACCAAGCUACCGAAGUCAUACUGACUUUGGGCGAAGCCUUCGAGGUCGCCUACCAGAUGGCGCUGAGGGAGCAGUCAAAUCGCACCAAAGUGACCCAGUCCCUGGCGAAAACCCCCACACACGAUCCUGUGACGACGAGCAACAAGGAGAAGCAGAGUCUGAAUCACGGCCGAUCGCACUCGAUAACCGAGAUCAAGCUGAACGGUCACCAGCUGAAGGUGGCCGCCUUACCCGCGUCACUCUCCAACGAAGACUUCCAGGCCGCGUCUAGGAGCGCGGACGGGUCGCGGAGUCCGAGGACGCCAUUACUCAAAGCGCCUAUAGCUUCGACCGAAGAACUGUGAAAACGCGGUAACCAAACUUUCGAUAAUUAUUUUAAAAAAAAAAUAUGUACGGUUUCGUGGGACACCGGAUAGGAACGAAGUUCUUUAUUAUAAAAAUAUUAAUUUUUAGUUCGAGGUAUAUAGAAAACAAAACUGGAGGUUUCGUAACAAUCCACGGUCAUUCGGUAACGUGCAAACUUAUUGUGGUACACUUCAUUCGCGGUUGUUUGCAUAAGAGUUAGUGUAUUGCGCAAACGAACGCUCUGAGAUCGUGGUCAAUUAAUGAUAAAAAUAUGUUCUUUUUUGUACGUUAUUACAAAGUUAAGACGUACACUGUGUGCAUUACUUAUUAUAUUAUAAAGAUCUUACGUUACGGACGUUUUUUCCCGGUUAGAGUACCCCCUCCGCAUCGACCCAUAAGGAACUUCGUUCCAAAAAAAUAACUGAAAAAAAAAUACAUUAGGUCUUCCUAAACGCAGUGAUUAUCUCCAAGGAUUUCCGCGCUUUAUCUCGAAUAUUGAUUGUAAAUUUUACGCGUAAAAUUAAUUGUAACUUUACUGGAAACCGACCAACACCGGUUUCGGUCGGUCGAAACUAGUUAAAACCGGUUAUAACGGGCUACGAGCGGUCGGUAUUGACCGGCGACUCUGCUUCUCUCGAUCCGAUGAUAUUAGAUGAAAUUAUAAAUUUCACUAUUGAUUAGUAAAAUAAUUGUUAGGGGCGGUCUGUUAUUUAUCGUAGUGAUGUUUGUUUCUGUGUAUAUUUUUGUUUCGUGUACAUGUGUGUUUCUGUGUUUGUGUGUAUGUGUCUCUUUCGUUACGUCAGCAUUUAGUUUUUUUUUUUUUUAACGGCAGCUAAAUAUUGUUACGGCCUGACAUUGAGAUUUUGAACUUCGCACCGUAUUUACUAGUGAUUCGUUUUACAUGAACGUCUGUUCAUUUUGAUCUCUAUCGAAGUAUUUGAGAAUUUUUCUAAAUAAAUUUUCUAAAAAAAUAUAUUUGAAUAUAACAGAAAUGUGCUUUAAAAAUUUAUCUCUGUCUGAAUUGUUUCGCGAAGAAAACUCGUUUGUGAUUUUCUUCAAUAAAAUUAAACAUUACGGCCUCAAUCUAUAAUCUCUUAGGUACUAAAGACAUGUUACCAAAUUAUUGGUGUCUUAAACGCAUUGUAUAUAUAUAUUAUCGUAUAAGUAACUAGAAAUAAAUUAUUGAAACCAUCUUAUGACAUAGAGUUUCGCCUAUUACGACAUAUAGUACAUAAAACAUAUCAAAACGAUGUUAUUCUGAUAACGACCAGAAUCCGUUGGCUCUUGAACGCAUUCAAUAUAUAUUAGAGCGUGGGUCUAGAUGUAGUGGUUUACUAAACCUAAGGGUGACCACACGUGGAAUGUUGUAUUUGGAUAUAAAUGAAACGUGUUGUAAACGGUUAUGUUACACAUGUGUGUUAGUCGCGAUAUUGUUCGUUAAUUAUUAUGAGCUUCCAAAGUUGAUUUUGCUUGUACUGUGAAUAAAGUUAUGGUCACAAAAUGGCGUAAUAUUGAAAGAAAAAAAAAAAUGCAAGAUUUCUCUUCGAUUACUGCAACGGUUUGCUCAAAAUUAGUUUUGGAGGUUAUAUGACGUCACUGUAUGUCUUUAUUAAUGUACAUUCUUUGUCGAUUAUUUUUUUCGUGAAACGGACUAAGUUGAAUUUGCAUGUUUCAAUUUUGUAAUGAAAAUGCAUUAUAGUAAAAUUUGUUAUUAGUCGAAUAAUGCACAUUUUUCCGUCUCGAAGUCGAAAUAUGUAAAAUUCACAUUAAAUGAUACAAUUUAUAUUACUAUGUAUGUAUAAAAUACUUGAAAUAAAACUGUAUAAAGUCAUGAGUUAUAAAACUCCAUAAAACAAUACAAAACGAAUUUGUCGCAAAACCUUUUUUUGCAAUAAUAUAUAAUCUUAUACGCUAAACUAAACAUAAAUACUUCAUAUUUCAUUGGCCGCAAUAAAAGUGAAGGUAGUUAGUUGCGUCACACGAGUUCGUUGAACUCGAACGCCAGCUGUUUUUAACUGCGUUACAUUGCGCGCCGAAGUAUUAGAUAGUGAGAAUGCUUCACACUCGUACGUGCGAUGUAAUGUAAUUAAAAAUUAACAGACCCUAUGAAUGUGAGUACGCGGGCUCCAAUCUUGUCUAGACUAAAAAUUACUUUUUUUUUUAUUGCUUAGAUGGGUGGACGAGCUCACAGGCCACCUGGUAUUAAGUGGUUACUAGAGCCAAUAUACAUUUACAACGUAAAUGCGCCACCCACCUUGAGAUGAGAUAUAAGUUCUAAGGUCUCAAGUAUAGUCACAACGGCUGCCCCCACCCUUACAAUCGAAACGCAUUACUGCUUCACGGCAGAAAUGGGCAGGGUGGUGGUACCUACGCACGCGCAGUCACAAGAGGUCCUACCUGAACUUUUAAAAAAAAUAAAAAGUGUUUAUGUUUAUUGUAGUAGUUUUUCUUCUUUCGACUUCGGGAUGGAUCUUCUGGUGUCCUGGAUACGUCGUCACCAGGGAACGUAACCUUUAAGUCUGAGCGCAUAUUGUGCGUUAAAAGUUUCUCUAUCUCUUACCAACACAAGUGUUGGAUGGGUUAGAAUGCGUUGCCAAGAUGCCGACGUCAUUGAAUAAGUUUUAGUUAUAGGCACGUCCGGAAACACGCCGGACAGGCGCACACAAUAUGCGCCCAGGCCUAAAUCGCUUACCGUCUAACAACGUAAGCUAAACGAAAAUUGUUUUCAUAAAUACACGUUACAUUUAAACUAAAUACUAUUAUUUAUUAUAUAGACUUCUGGAUGUGAAUCAAAAUGUAAAUUUUAAUGUUUUCAUUUUAUUUCGUCUUUGUUUGUACAAUAAAACUAUUUUAAUUAAUUAAAAUACCUUUUGUUUGUUUCAAUGUCUUCCUAAGGACGUUUUUAAUGACCGACUUAGCUUGUUCCAACCACAAUUGUAUGACGUUUAAAAUUUAAUAUCUUUUUGUGAUAAGCAAAUGAUACAUAAAGUAAAUGCAUCAAGUUUUA